AUGGAAAAUUACACCCAACCCGAAAAAUCCCACAAAACCAAGCGCCGAAAAAUCCUCAUCCUAUCCGCCGCCGCGACUCUCCUCGUCGUCGCCGUCGUCGCCGCCGCCUGUGCCUCCUACUCCCACCGCCGAACCUCCUCCGUAUCCCGUGCCGCCACUGCCGCCCACGAGGUCAUCCGUUCUACCUGCGCCGCCACCCUCUACCCCGACCUCUGCGCCUCCACCAUCCAGGCGGCGAGGCCGCCUCCCUCCGCCAUCCGCACCUCCCGCGACGUCCUCCUCACCGCCCUCAACUACACCAUCAUCACGGUGGAGCACAAUUACUUCACCGUCCGGCGCGUGGGCGAGAGCCGCCGCGGCUCCCUGACUCCUCGCGAGACCUGCGCCCUCCACGACUGCCUGGAGGUGAUCGACGACACCCUGGAGGAGCUCCGGGAGAGCAAGGCCGAGCUGGCCGAUUUUGGCUACCGGAACUACUCCCUCCCCCGCCACAAGGAGAACCUCCUCACCCUCCUCAGCGCCGCCCAGACCAACCAGGAGUCCUGCCUCGACGGCUUCUCCCACGACGGCGCCGACGAGAAGGUCCGCCGCGCACUGGUCGCCGGCCAGAAGCACGUUUUCAAACUCGUUUCCAACGUCAUGGCCAUCAUCAGAAAUCUCUCCGACACGGAGGCGGCCGCCGCCGCCGCUUCUGGCGGCGGUGUGUCGGCGACCCGGCCAGAGAGGAACCUCGGGGAGUGGCCGGAGUGGCUUUCGGCGGGGGACAGGCGGCUGCUGCAGGCAACGACGGUCAGGGCUGACGUGACGGUUGCGGCGGACGGAAGCGGAGACUACCGGACGGUGGCGGCGGCGGUGGCGGCAGCGCCGUCGGGGAGCAGCCGGAGAUACGUGAUAAGGAUACGGGCAGGAGUGUACCGGGAGAACGUGGAGAUACCAAGGAGUAGGAGGAAUUUGAUGUUCGUCGGGGACGGCCGGACAAACACCAUUAUCACGGGGAGCCGGAGCGUGAGGGGCGGUAGCACCACCUUUAACUCCGCCACUGUUGCCGUGAUCGGGACCGGGUUCUUGGCCCGGGACAUCGCGUUCCAGAACGCGGCCGGAGCCUCCAACCACCAGGCAGUGGCCCUACGCGUGAACGCGGACCUCUCUGCCUUCUACCGGUGCGACAUCUUGGCGUACCAGGACACACUGUACGUCCACUCCCUCCGCCAGUUCUACUCCGGUUGCCUCAUCGCCGGCACAGUCGACUUCAUCUUCGGCAACGCGGCCGUCGUUUUCCAGGACUGCGACAUCCACGCCCGCCGCCCAAACUCCGGCCAACGCAACAUGGUCACGGCCCAGGGCCGGGACGACCCCAACCAGAACACCGGAAUUGUCAUCCAGCGGUGCCGGAUCGGGGCCACCUCCGACCUUCGAUCGGUCCAGUCGAGCUUCCCGACCUACCUGGGCCGGCCGUGGCAGGAGUACUCGAGGACCGUGGUGAUGCAGAGCGAGAUAAGCAACGUGAUUCAUCCGGCCGGGUGGUUCGAGUGGAACGGGAAUUUCGCGCUCAACACGUUGUUCUACGCGGAGUAUGCCAACACGGGGGCCGGGGCCGGGACGGCUAAUAGGGUGACGUGGAGGGGUUUUAGAGUUUUGAGGAGUGCCUCGGAGGCCGAGCAGUUCACGGCCGGGAGGUUCAUCGGCGGCGGGAGCUGGCUGCCGGCGACGGGCUUUCCGCACAGGCUCGGGCUUUGA